CGACAGGACAAACACAAACUUUCAGACAGCACCUCCCAACGUCAUUUUCUUGUUUUGCCGAACCGUCCGUGUCCUCCUGCUCUGAUUUCUGAACGCGCUUUUCUUUUCUUUUGACGCAGUUCUCCUCUGGAAGUGAUUUAUCGAGCAAACGGAGGAGAAGGACACAUUUUUCUUUUUCUUUUUUUUUUUUUUGCGGAAUCAAUUCACGCUAAUAUUUUGUGUUUUUCUUCCGAAACUUCCACCCUGAGAGGAGAGAACUGAACCCGGUCCUGUUCGCACCUGAAAGUGAAUUAGCCAGCGGGGCUUCAGCUAACCUGCAUCAUUCCAGCCUUGAAUCAUGUUGGGGCCAACACGCCAUAACCGGCCCCCUCACUUCUGACCCAACAUGGAGCUCAAGGUCUGGGUGGAUGGCGUCCAGAGGGUCGUAUGUGGAGUCACAGAGGCAACCACCUGCCAGGAAGUGGUGAUUGCUUUGGCCCAGGCCAUCGGUCGUACAGGGAGAUACACUCUGGUAGAGAAAUGGCGGGACACAGAACGUCACCUCGCCCCCCACGAGAGCCCCGUUGCUUCUCUAAACACCUGGGGUCAGUAUGCCGGUGACGUCCAGCUGAUCCUUCACCGCACAGGCCCCUCACUGACUGAGCGACCCCCCUCAGAGGGCCCCCCGCUCAGAGGUCCUGAACGUGGGCUUCAUCGUCAAAGUCUCCCUCCUCUUGCGAAGCUUCGUCACCCCGUUGACGGCUCGCUCCACCGCCGUGAACCGCGCCGCAAGUCGCUGACCUUCACAGGUGCACCCAGAAGCCUGAGGGAGAUCCUGGGGGGAGGUCGGGUCUCAGAGGCUGAGGGCAAGCGAAGACUUCUAGGGAACGGCGGCAGUCGCCACCAUGCGGGGUCAACUGUUGGGACAGCUUCCCCUGGCCUGUGGGCCUGUCGCAUGGAGGAGCUGGUCAGACUGGUCAGCCUGCAGAGAGAGACUCUGAACAUGCUGGAGAAGAAGCUGGAGGCAUAUGAGGCAGAGCUCCAAGCAUGGCCUGAGCUGCGGGGGAACCAAGGAGGUGGAUGCACUGCAGACUUUGGUGGAGGCUUGAUAGAGGAGAUCCUGAGGUUGGAAAAGCAUCUCAGAAAGAACGAGGUGGAAAUGGAGGAGGAAGAGUUUUGGGCCACUGAGCUACAAAUUGAGUUGGAAAGUGAGAGACAGCUGGAGGAAAGACUCCUGGAGCUUCAGGGGCGUCUGCAGAGCUGCGAGCAAGACAUUGAGGAGAAGCUGGCAAUAGUGCAGGGAGUCGAAGCAGGUCUGCAGGAGGAGAAACUGCAAAGAGAGCGUCAGGAGGACCAGUGGGUCAGUGAGGCCGAGGCUCGGGCUCAGCUGCUCAGGGUCAAAGCAGAGUUAAAGGCUCAGGAGAGGCAGGCCAUCCAGCUGGAGAGCAGCUGCAGGGCUGUGGACAGAUCGCUGGGACAAAGCAGUAAGAAACUGCAGGAUAUGCAGCAGGAGCUGGAGCAGCUGACCAAAGAGCUGAGGCAGGUUAACCUGCAGCAGUUCAUCAAGCAGACUGGUGCCAAGGUCACCGUGCUGCCAGCCGAACCCACCGAAGACGACAACACCAACAGCAGUCGUGUUUCCUCGUCAGAUUUGGUUCAGCUGACCGGCUCACUGAAGCGUCCCGGGUCGUCCAGCCAUCUCCGUGUCCUCCACAACCCUCUGACCUCUGGUCUGAACCCAGAAGGGAUCUACGUUUGACCCCCCCCCCCCCCCCCCCCCCUCCACACACACCCACCACUACACACACACACAAACAUAACUGAUGUGUGAGUCAACACGGAAAGUGCAGGACGCCUGGACUAUGCAUUCUGUUUUUUUAAUGUUUAGUGUGAAGAUGCAGUGAAUCAACAAUCUCUGAAGAGAAGUUACUGAGCACUUGGUGGAAAGAAACAAUGAUUUGCGGUGAUGGCAUUCACUAAAAAAAAAAAAACACGGCCUCACAUUCUGAGGCUCACAGAACUCUCUUAAACACCUGUCUGUUGUGGGUUUUCUUAAUCAA